AUAGCAUGCUGUGAUUGACAGUGCUGCCAAUCCAAGCACUAUUGUUUGACACUUAAGAAAACACAUUCUUUUCAAUAGCGGCGUGAGUCAGGCGCUUUAUUUCUUGUGUGAAUUGGGCUGUUUAAAUUUUAUAAAUUAUUAAAUAAAAUUAACAAAACUUUAUCUUAAAAUGUCGACUCUAGCAGCUCCUUUAUCUAUUGCCGGAAGCAGGCAAUCCGGCGAGUCAGUACGUACUCAAAAUGUAAUGGCUGCUGUUUCAAUUUCAAAUAUUGUAAAAAGCUCAUUGGGCCCAGUUGGUCUUGACAAAAUGCUUGUUGAUGAUAUUGGUGAUGUUACUGUAACUAAUGAUGGAGCAACUAUUUUAAAGUUACUUGAGGUUGAGCAUCCUGCUGCUAAAGUAUUAGUUGAAUUAGCUCAGUUACAAGAUGAUGAGGUGGGCGAUGGUACAACUUCGGUAGUAAUACUCGCCGCAGAAUUGUUAAAGAAUGCAGAUGAAUUGGUGAAGCAAAAAAUUCAUCCAACUUCCAUAAUAUCUGGAUAUCGUUUAGCUUGCCGAGAGGCUUGCAGAUACAUAUCUGAACACUUGACUGCACCUGUAGAUGAUUUAGGACGCGAUUUAUUGAUUAAUAUAGCUAAAACGUCAAUGAGUUCAAAAAUUAUCGGUGCAGAUGCAGAUGUUUUUGCUACAAUGGUGGUUGAUGCUGCUCAAUCAGUCAAGAUUAACGAUGCCAAGGGUGGUCAUUCUUAUGCUAUAAAAGCUAUAAAUGUAUUGAAAGCACAUGGUAAAUCAGCUCGAGAAUCUGUGCUUAUUCCUGGAUAUGCACUUAACUGCACCCUUGCGUCACAGCAAAUGCCUAAAAAGAUUUUAAAUGCAAAAAUUGCUUGUCUAGACUUUUCUUUACAAAAAACAAAAAUGAAAAUGGGUGUUCAAGUUCUUAUUAAUGAUCCAGACAAAUUAGAAGGCAUACGUGCACGUGAGUUAGAUAUAACAAAGGAACGUAUUAACAAAAUUUUAGGGACUGGUGUUAAUGUGGUGCUUUGCUCUGGCGGAGUAGAUGAUCUUUGCAUGAAGUACUUUGUGGAAGCCGGUGCAAUGGCGGUGCGUCGUGUUAAAAAAAGUGAUUUAAAAAUCAUAGCUAAAGCAACUGGUGCAUCAUAUCUAACAUCAUUAACUAACAUGGAAGGUGAUGAGAGUUUUGAUUCAUCUAUGGUGGGUGAAGCAGCUGAAGUGGCACAAGAACGUAUUUGUGAUGACGAGCUUAUUUUGAUUAAGGGUACUAAAGCCAGAGCUGCUGCUUCUAUUAUUUUACGUGGUCCAAAUGAUUUCUAUUGUGAUGAAAUGGAACGUUCAGUGCAUGAUGCCUUAUGUGUUGUUAAACGUGUAUUGGAAAGCAAAAGAGUUGUAGCUGGUGGUGGCUGCGUUGAAGCAGCAUUAUCUAUUUAUUUAGAAAACUUUGCUACUUCUCUCAGUUCCCGCGAACAAUUGGCUAUUGCUGAAUUUGCAAAAUCUCUUUUGGUCAUUCCAAAAACUUUAGCUGUUAAUGCUGCUAAGGAUGCUACUGAUUUAGUAGCAAAAUUACGUGCCUAUCAUAACUCCAGUCAAACAAAAAAAGCUCAUGCAGAUCUUAAAUGGACUGGAUUGGAUUUAAUUGAAGGCGUUGUUCGCGAUAACAAAAAGGCUGGUGUGUUGGAACCUGCUAUGUCAAAAAUAAAAUCAUUAAAAUUCGCAACAGAAGCAGCAAUUACUAUUUUGCGUAUUGAUGAUAUGAUUAAGUUGAACCCAGAAGAGAAGGCUGGCAAAUCAUAUGGCGAUGCCUGCGCAGCAGGAGAAUUAAAUUAAUAAUGUUUUUACAACUUCAUUACUUCUACUUUAUGUCUACUAUUUAAUUUUACUAUAUUAAAUAAUACUUAAACUUUCACAAUAUGCGAUCACACA